AUGGUAGCUACCCGGAUGACACCAUCGUCACCAGCCUGGACGUGGACAAUUCGAGCCAUGGACUACGACAUCGGGUGGGCGUCGUCCUCUUUCACCAACACUAUGAAGUUAGAAAAAUCAUUUUUCACUGGAGAAAAUUAUUUUAAUAGUUCAUUAGAAAAAACACCAGAGGUUUAUGAGUUGAUAGAUGUAAUUCAAUUGAAUAAAAAAGUUCAAAAGAAAUUUAAAAUACAUGAAGCUGAUUAUAAAAUUCGUUUUAAAGAAGCAUUAAUAAAAGAUCUAAAACUAAAGGAACUAGAGGCUUACUGUGAUUCAGAUGUAGAUAUUUUACGAAGAGGAUGUUUAGAAUUAAGAAAUCAAUUUUCGGAUAUAGCUAACAUCGAUCCUUUUUGCUAUACAACUAUAGCAGGUGUUUGUAUGGCUAUCUAUAAGUCAAAAUAUUUAAUAUCUGAUACUAUAGCUGUUUUAGAUAAAGAAAAAAAUGAAAAUUAUUCAAAACAAUCGAUAACGUGGUUACAACAUUUUAAUAAUAAAAAUAUUUCACAUGCAUUAAAUGGAGGUGAAAAAAUAAUAGCAGGAGCUAAAGUAGAUGGAUUUGAUAAUAAAUCAAAAACAGUUUAUCAAUAUAACGGUUGUUUUUGGCAUGGUUGUACUAAAUGUUAUAAAGAUAGAGAAACUAUAAAUAAUAUAAAUCAUGAAACAAUGGAGGAUUUGUAUCAAAAAACAAUUGACAGAAGUACAACAAUAAAAAAUGCAGGUUAUAAUCUUGUUGAGCAAUGGGAAUGUGAUUGGAUAAAUAGUACUACAUACAAAAAAAUGAAAAAAGCUGAUAUAGCUGACCCUAUUAAUCCGAGAGAUGCUUUCUUUGGAGGUAGAACAAACGCAACAAAAUUAAGAGUAAAAAAUACAAAAAUGCGUUAUAUUGACGUAUGUAGUUUAUAUCCAACUGUAAAUUAUUAUGAUCAUUAUCCUGUUGGACAUCCAGAAAAAAUAUUUAAACCAAAAGUAUAUGAUAAAAAAUGGUUUGGACUAAUUAAAUGUAAAAUUUUACCUCCAAGAAAUCUUUAUCACCCUGUACUUCCAGUUAAAAUUAAAAUGGAAAAAAGUGAAAAGUUAUUAUUUCCUUUGUGUUAUAAAUGUGCUGUAGAUCAAAAACCAAGUUGUAAUCAUUCUAAAAACGAAAGACAAUUUACAGAAACAUGGACAACAGAUGAAGUUAAUAAAGCUUUGGAAAAAGGUUAUAUUAUAACAAAAAUUUAUGAGGUGUGGCAUUUUAAGGAGAAAUCAACAGAUUUAUUUAAAGAUUAUGUUGAUAAUUUUAUGAAAAUAAAAUUAGAAAGUUCAAAACAUAAUUACAGUUCUGAUGAAGAGUAUAUAAAACCAAUUUUCGAUAAAAUGGGUAUUUUAUUAGAUAAAUAUAAAAUACGUGAUAAUCCAGCUUUAUUUACAACAUCUAGUGCAAGAUUAAGAUUAUACGAAAUGUUAGAUAAAUUAGGUAGAGCUGUAGCUUAUUUUGAUACCGAUUCUAUUUUCUAUAUAGAUAACGGUGUUAAUAAAAUUAAAACAGGAACAAUGUUGGGAGAAUGGACUGAUGAAUUAGGUGAAAAUAUAAUGAAUUUAAACUAG